AUGUCCAUGGGCGGCGGUUAUCACUUAACAACAGUCGGUGCUAUCGGCCCGCACUCGAAUCCGGAACUCGGCAGAGCGUCACAAGGCGCGCAUGCUACCCCUAACGGGCUAAUAGACGUUUGCUUCGAUGCUGCACUACGCUGCGCCGGCGACCGGUUUGGGCCGUCGGCCUACGUCGAUUGGGAGUCGCGCGCGAGCUUUUUGCGGGUGUCGCCAAAAGCCGAGGCGGCCGGGGCGCGACCGGUUUGGCCGCCGGGGCGCCCGCGCGCGUUCGGCGCUCCUCAAACAAGCGUAGGGGCUGACGGCGGCACGCUAAGCUCGCUCGACGCAACCGCGUAUAUGUUGCCCGCGAGAACUGCCCAGUCGAAUUGCAUCACGAUUGCAAUGAAGCCGCUAAUGAAAGCGACGUUUCGACGA